AUGGGUGAAGCUGAGAAAGUAGCAUGUUGGGCAGUUUUUUUACCUUCAACAAUACCCUAUCACAAUCUGGGACCACUUGGCCAUCUUACUAAAUAUUUAGUGGACAACCACCCCAAACUGCUGUAUAAUGGGUUUUGGCUCGCAUGGGGAAUUCAUAUAGCUGAAGCAUUGUAUAGUAUCAAGUUAUGCAAGAUCAAAGGCAUCACUGACCCAUCCGUUCAAUGUCGAUGGUUCAUCCAAACCUUCUUCUUUGGUUUAGCUUCUCUCUCCCACCUGCUAGCUUACAAGCCUCCACCUAAGAAGCAGAGAUAAAGGAUUAGGAAAGAAGCAAAUGAAGCGAACAUAUUUCAGCCUUGUUCUCAGAAGGUGGAUCCACUCUGUUUAGUUGCUGUGAAUGAUCCUAGCAUGCAUUUCCUGUUAUGUGACAGUUCACUCAAAAUUGUAGCCAUAAAUCAUGAAGUUUGCAGAAGUCAUGAAAGUUAUAACUUCCAGUGACUGCCAUGACUUCAUUCCGGGUGGAGCAGCAUUGGAGCUGUCAAUCAGGACCCUGCUCAGGGUGCCCAGGGGGGUGGGAGGAAUGCUACAACUGUAGCUGUUAGCCACAGUGGAUGGUUGGGGGAAGCCCGUAGCAGAGGGGAACCCCAGAGCUCUGUGCCACAUAUGGUGGGGACUUCUGGAGCUUCAAGCUAAGGAGCUUCAAGUUAAGGACCCCACAGCAGCAAGGUAACCCCAGAGCUCCAGCAGUGAUGCAUGCUGGACUCUUCUCCCUACCAUUUUCUUAAAGCUGUUUUUAGUAACUCAGAGUCAGGUCAUAGGCUUCCAUGAAUUUUUAUUUAUUGCCAUAACCCUUCUGUAACUUAUACUAAAGAUGAGUGACAAAGCCUUAGCCUUACCUGUAUUGUAUACAGUAUUCAGUUUGCUUCUUACUGAAAAGCUCAGUUCCUCUCCAGCCCCACCUAAAGGAAACCCCACCGUGCCUGGGCAGAACAGUUGUAUUUUGGUAGAUGUUUUCCUACCACAUCAGCAGAGACACUUUACUUACAUAAUAAAGAGAAGUCUCUGUCUGUCAUAGGUUAGAACUGUUUUCCUGGGCUUUCAAUAAAAAUUUCUUGCCAACAUUUUUGGUUAAAUAUUACACCUGUUUUUCUCUAGUUCAGUCUUCCCAUAUCAGGGAGAAAUGUUCCUAAGGUUGUAGGAACACUAACAAGUGGCUACAUUAUAUAGGAUGAUGCACAAUUAUUUGAGCCAGAAUACGUAGUGGAACAAUUCAUUCCGCUAAAGAUAACAGAGAACUUGUUGAUGAUCUCUUGCCUUAAAUCUCACACAGUGGGAACUUUUCUCUGUGGAUGGUGAAUUUAGAUUAUGGAAGUCAGUGACCAUAUAUAACUUGAAGGAGAGCAGAUGAUCAGUGCAGCUAUUUUCUGAAAGACUGAUAACAGUACACUUAGAAGUUAUAGAAGGAUAAUUAAAGGAUUCCUAGAUUUAACUUUUUUUUAUUUCAAGACAAAUAUGUUCUAUCUACUGUUACUGUAAGAAAGGGUCAAUUAACAUAUUAACUAGAUAUUAAUGCACUGGUCCAAGAGACUCUAUUAUGCAGUUCCACAAAUAUAUGAAGUAAAAUUCUGUUCCAUCAUCCUUCGAUGCCACCAACAGCCAAUUUGUCUGUUGUUUAAGACAACUUUAACUCUACUGAACACUGUUGUAUCUCUCUAUUAUGGAAUUUUUCCAUAGGAUGAAGAGAUUGAAGUAUGUUCUAUCAUGUUUUAACAUUACACCAAGGGACCAAGACCACUUGAAAUAUCAUAGAAUAAUAGGACUGGAAGGGACCUCAAGAGGUCAUCGAGUCCAGCCCCCCGCCCUCAAGGCAGGACCAAGCUCCAUCUACACCAUCCCUUACUACUGUAUUUAAAGUAUUUUGGGGAGAAGAUUAUUACCAAGUAUUGCCACUGAUUCAUAUCCCCUUUGAUGCUAGUCUCCUCUGGGGGGUGCAGGGGAGACUCCCUGGUGACUCUUACAUAACAGGAAAGAGCAGCUGCCAGACCUGUUACUGCACUUGCAGAGUCACUCUUGAG